AUGCAUAGCUUUAGGGUUUUUCCCCAAAGCCCACCUGCAGCAAUCACAUCUGCUACAGCUUCGUUGCCUUUAUUCAAGACUGCGUCUCUCCCAGUCAAUCGGAACAUGAAAUCAUCGAAUAGUUUUGUCCUAAAGGUUCCUCAACACUAUUGCAGGGCUUCUUUGGAAGCUCAAGAUGCAUAUCCCAGGGACUCCAAUCAACAGGUCCAUGGGCUGUCACAAACAGUUGUGGGUGUUCUCGGUGGAGGGCAACUUGGUCGUAUGUUAUGCGAAGCAGCUUCCCAGAUUGCCGUGAAGGUGGUAAUACUUGACCCAAUGGAGAACUGUCCGGCAAGUAACUUAUGCCAUGAUCACAUGGUGGGAAGCUAUGAUGACAGUGCUACUGUUGAAGAGUUCGCCAAAAGGUGUGGGGUGUUGACUGUUGAGAUUGAGCAUGUUGAUGCUGCAACACUUGAAAGACUUGAACAGCAAGGGGUGGAUUGCCAACCUAAAGCUUCAACAAUCCGGAUCAUUCAGGAUAAGUAUCUUCAGAAGGUUCACUUUUCAAGACAUGCAAUUCCAUUGCCUAAAUUCAUGCAGAUAGAUGAUCUUGAUAGUGCAAAAAGAGCAGGAGACCUAUUUGGUUACCCCUUAAUGAUAAAGAGCAAGAGGCUGGCUUAUGACGGACGAGGCAAUGCUGUAGCUAAAAGUCAAGAUGAGAUUCCUUUGGCAGUGAAUGCCCUUGGAGGAUAUGGUCGAGGUUUAUAUGUUGAACAAUGGGCACCAUUUGUGAAGGAGCUUUCUGUCAUUGUGGCUAGGGGAAGAGAUAAUACUAUAGUGUGCUAUCCUGUCGUAGAAACUAUCCACAGACAGAACAUUUGUCACAUUGUCAAGUCACCUGCCAAUGUAUCUUGGAAGAUCCUUAAACUUGCAACAGAUGUUGCCUACAAGGCUGUGAGUUCACUGGAAGGUGCUGGCGUGUUUGCGGUUGAGUUGUUUUUGACAACUGAUGGUCAGAUCUUACUGAAUGAAGUGGCUCCUAGACCUCACAAUAGUGGACAUCAUACAAUUGAGUCAUGUUUUACUUCACAAUUCGAGCAGCAUUUAAGGGCUGUUGUUGGACUUCCACUUGGUGAUCCAUCAAUGAAGACUCCAGCUGCUAUCAUGUAUAAUAUACUUGGUGAAGAAGAGGGGGAACCUGGUUUCAAUAUUGCGAAUCAACUUAUCGGACGAGCACUGAGGACCCCUGGGGCAGCAGUUCAUUGGUAUGAUAAACCAGAGAUGAGGAAGCAAAGGAAGAUGGGUCAUAUCACAUUAGUUGGCCCUUCUAUGGGUAUUGUUGAAGCUCGCUUGAAAUCCAUGUUGAAUGAAGACGCAAAUGAAGAUCAGCCUGCAGAAUCACCACGAGUUGGAAUCAUAAUGGGCUCCGACUCUGAUCUCCCUGUUAUGAAGGAUGCCGCAAAGGUCUUAAGAGAGUUUAAUGUUCCGACAGAGGUAAGAAUAGUGUCAGCUCACCGGACCCCAGAAAUGAUGUUUUCUUAUGCUUUAUCUGCUCGAGAGCGUGGUAUCCAGGUCAUCAUUGCUGGUGCUGGAGGUGCCGCUCACUUGCCAGGCAUGGUAGCUGCUUUGACCCCCUUGCCCGUGAUUGGUGUUCCUGUUCGUGCUUCUACAUUAGAUGGACUGGACUCCCUGUUGUCUAUUGUUCAGAUGCCAAGGGGAGUCCCAGUUGCCACGGUAGCAAUAAACAAUGCUACAAAUGCAGGUCUGCUAGCAGUAAGAUUGUUGGGAAUAAGCGACAUCGACUUGCAAGCUAGGAUGGCCCAAUACCAAGAAGAUAGAAGGGAUGAGGUGCUGGUAAAGGGUGAUAAACUGGAAAAAGGAGGCUGGGAAGACUACCUCAAUUCAUGA